UUGAUAACACACACACACGUGAGAUGUAUGCAGACUCCUACUUUGCAGAGAGCUCCACCCCUGUAUUAUCUGUCAACCAGGAAAUAAAGUUCACAACGGAACCACACUGUAGCAUGUAGCUAUUCAGUAAUGCUCGCAACAUCUAAAUUAUUUAUUUGCUUUAUCUAUGGACUUAUAAUUGUUGGAAAUAAUCAACAUUCAAAUAACCAUUGAAGAUGGUUGAAGAAACAGCAUAAUCUACUAUACACUGCGAUUUCCAAGUUCUACUGACCUCACUGCUGUAAGUUUUCAAAAGUGAAAGUAAACCUUAAUUCCAGAAGCCAUCACAGAAGAGAGACGGUGGUGGUGAGAAAAUGGCAUCUCAACCUUCCUUCCCAGAGGAGGAUCUUUGCUGUACUGUGUGCUGUGACAUCUUCAGGGAUCCAGUUUUCCUGUCAUGUACCCACAGCAUCUGCAAAGCCUGUCUAAAGGAAUUCUGGAAACAGAAGGGAUCUCGAGAAUGUCCAAUGUGCCGGAAAAGAUGUUCAAUGGAUAACCCCCCAUGUAACCUGGCUUUAAAGAACCUGUGUGAUGCCUACUUACAGGAGAAAGGUCAGAGAUAUUCAGCAGGGUCAGAAGUUCAUUGCAGUCUGCACAGUGAGAAACUCAAACUGUUCUGUCUGGAUGAUAAGCAGUCAAUUUGUGUAGUGUGCCGGGAUUCAAAAAACCAUAAAAAGCACGACUGCAUCCCCAUAGAUGAAGCUGCACUGGAUCAUAAGGAGGAAGUUAAGACUGCACUGAAGCCCCUAAAGGAGAUGCUGGAGGUCUUAAAUGAAGUUAAACUGACCUGUGAUCAAACAGCAGAGCACAUUAAGACCCAGGCCCAGCACACAGAGAAGCAGAUUAAGGAGGAGUUUGGGAAGCUUCACCAGUUUUUACAGGAUGAAGAGGAAGCCAGGAUUGCUGCCCUGAGGAAGGAAGAGAAGCAAAAGAGUCAGACGAUGACGAAAAAGAUUGAAGAGAUGAGCAGGGAGAUAUCAUCACUUUCAGACACAAUCAGAGUCAUAGAGAAAGAGCUGGGAGCCGACGAUAUCUCAUUCCUGCAGAACUUCAAGGCGACGGUCAAAAAAGCAAAGUGCACCCUGUCAAAUCCACAGAAGGUUUCAGGAUCAUUGAUCCACGUGGCAAAGUACCUGGGCAACCUGCAGUUCAGAGUCUGGGAGAAGAUGCAGGAGAUAGUUAAAUACACUCCUGUGAUUCUGGACCCCAACACUGCCCAUCCGCAUCUCAUCCUGUCCGAGGAUCUGAUGAGUGUGACAUACAGCAAAGACGCACAGCAGCUUCCUGAUAACCCAGAGAGGUAUGAUGACAUCUUUGUGGUCCUGGGCUCUAAGGGCUUUAACUCGGGGACACAUAGUUGGGACAUUGAGGUUGGAGGAAAUAAAGCCUGGGCUCUGGGUGUAGCAUUAGAGUCUGUCCAGAGGAAGCAAACGAUUGGCUUUAGACAUGGAUCCUCUGGUGUGCAGUGUAAAGAUGGGGAAUAUACUACACAUUCCUUAUCGGACGAAUGUACUCCAUCCACUCCCCUCAAAGUGAGAAAGCCCCAGAGAAUCAGAAUGCAGCUGAACUGGAAAAAGGGAGAGCUUUCAUUUGUUGACCCAGUUGAUGACACAGAACUUCACAAAUUCACACAUCCUUUCAAAGAGAGAGUUUUUCCAUACAUGUCUACUUUACGUUUUAAUCCUCUGAGGAUCUUGCCAGGGAAGGUCUCUAUAUCAAUCGAUUCCACCUCUGUCUAAACCAGGUGUUAACAUGCUGUAAAUGAGUCAGUAAAAUGUAAUCUUAUUCGGUAAUGGACAGCACUUCUAGCUACUUAAGUCUUUGUGAAUACAGGUCUUGAUAUUAUAUAUAUUUUUCUACAUGAGUGUGUUUUUUUUUAAAUUGUGGGUGACAUGGGUUCAUGGUUUGCCUGUCAAAUCAUUGAAAGAAACAAGUACCAUUAACCCAUGGGGAAAUGUGGGACUUAAGAAUGCUAUAGCAUCCAGAGACCCAAUAGCUGAAGAAAUACGAACAUCAUGAUUUACCUCCCGUAAGGGUGGGGUCCUGCUACUGUAAAUAUGUUGCAUUACUUUUAUCGUUAUCGGUGGGGAUUUACAUUGGCUGUGUGUUUUUAAAAUGUUUUACAUUUUAUUUCACCUUUAUUUAACCAGGUAGGCCAGUUGAGAACAAGUUCUCAUUAACAACUACGACCUGGUCAAGAUAAUGCAAAGCAGUGCGACACAUACAACAACACAGAGUUAUAGGACAUACAUUGUAGAUUUGACAUCAUGACAUUGUGACAGUGUGUGGCAUUGUUCAAGCCUAAUUGAUCUAUUCACAGUAAUACUUAUGGUAUGCUGGUAUUAAUAUAUCCUUAAAAGUUUUUUAUUCAUUAUUUUCUUCUUAUAUAUAUAUAUAUAUAUAAACAAAUCUGUCCAUACUUUAUUUAGCACCUGAUGUUUAUGUCCCAAUAAACAGUGCCUUCCUAAUAAAUUUAAAAUAAUAAACAGAGCUUUGUGUUUUCAUUCUCUUACAAGAGGCAGUAAGAGUUGGCAAUGGUUUUUAAGAGAUUAAUGUUGAUGGGAAAUGUACAGAUUAAUGAGUGAUCAGUGGCAACCCGUCA